UAAGUGCGGCGAUAACGUGAAAUUUCAACACACACGGAGAUCGCGCGGCCUGAAAUUGCACGAGUUCGUUUUAUUUUCGAAUGGACCACAAGCAGAGUUUAGACAACAAAUUUAGAUAUAACACGCGUUUACUGAAUCUACGUACUGUUAAUUUUUUAAUUUAAAAAUAGACGUGAUGCUAAUAUGCAUCAAUAGGUUAGAAUAAUCUACUUGUUACCGCAAAAGCCGGCGUUCUAACGUUGUUUUGAACUGGAAAUUGUAAUGAAAAUAUAGUUGUUUAUGCAGAAUUUUUGAUAAAUUAAAAUAUUAGUAGUCGUAAUAUUGUCAAAUAUGUCAGUUCCGAAAAUUUUGAGGUCUUUUGCUAAUCAACUAACAUCUAGAGCAUUGCAUACGUCCAAUAGACUAUGUGAAGCAGUUAUUAUUGAUGGACAAACAAUUGCAGAACAAGUUCUUGAAGAAGUUAAAUAUGAAGUAGACGAAUGGACAAGAGCUGGGAAUAGAAGGCCAAAAUUAGUUGCUGUUCUUGUAGGAGAAAAUUCUGCAAGUAAAGCAUAUGUUGGAAAAAAGAUCAAAGCAGCCAAAACUGUAGGAAUCAAUAGCCAAACUCUUAAAUUUAAAGAUGACAUCACUCAAGAAGAACUUUUGAAUCAAGUACAAAAGUUGAAUGAGGAUUCCUCAGUUGAUGGUCUUAUAGUCCAGCUGCCAGUCCCAGAACAUAUCAAUGAAAGAAAAGUUUGCCAAGCUAUUGUACCAACUAAAGAUGUUGAUGGAUUUCAUUUACAAAAUAUUGGCAAAUUAGCUUUAAAUGAUAAAAGUAUUAUACCUGCUACAGCUCUAGGUGUUAAGGAACUGAUUGUCAGAUCAAAAAUAUCAACAUUUGGUAAAAAUGCAGUAAUCAUUGGAAGAUCAAAGCACGUUGGAUUUCCAAUGGCUCUUCUAUUUCAUUCGGAUGGCAAUGCUGAAACUUCUGGAUUAGAUAUGACAACAACAAUAUGUCAUCGUAAUACACCUCGUGUUGAACUUGAAAGGUACACCAAGCUUGCUGAUGUAGUUGUGGCAGCAGCAGGAAUCCCAGGCUUAGUGACCAAAGAUAUGAUUAAACCAGGUGCUUGUGUUAUUGAUGUUGGAAUUUCAAGAAUAAAAGUUUCUGAGGGCAAAUAUAGAUUAGUUGGAGAUGUCAAUUAUGAGUCAGUUAAGAAAAUUGCAGGAUACAUCACACCUGUUCCUGGUGGUGUUGGACCAAUGACUGUUGCUAUGCUUAUGAAGAACACCAUGAUUGCUACUAAAAUGAGGGAGUUAGAGUGAAAAGCUAUAGAAUAACAAUUAAAAUAAGUUUUAUAGAGUACUUUCAUUGUUGUAUACCACAGGUUGUAUUUACAAUCUCAUUGCCUACUUGAUUUGUAAAAAAAUAUUUUUGAG